AUGUCCCCUUCAGCUUUGAACGAUGUGGAAGCAUCUACUACUUGCAAUGCAAAACUCAAGCAGCAAGUGACUUCCCACGCGGUUGAUAAUGGGAUGUCCGAACAGCUUGUAGCGCCUGAUUUAUUUGACGAGAGAUAUCGCACGACGAAAUGGGAGAUCUGGGCCUAUUAUGCCUACUACAUUGGAAAUAACGGACUCUCACUAUUCAAUUUCGCUCCUACGGCCUUCCAGAACCUCCUCUACCAAGCCGCGGGCGAACAGGGAACCCUCCCCUUCGCAGGCCGCCAGCGCUCGAUAAACAGCAUUGUCCUCCUGAGCAACGGCAUCUCCUUCGCCAUCCAGGUCGUCGUCUUCCUGGUGAUAGGCAGCUUCGCCGACUUCGGGACCUGGCGGCCGAAUAUCCUGAUCGUCUUGUCGGUGAUCGCCUACGCCAUCGGCUUCGGCUGGUUGGGCGUCCACACGCAGGAGAAAUGGCACGUCGCGGUGGGAUUGUACAUUGUGGGAUUGAUCGCGUAUCAGACGACGCUGACGUUCUGGACGGCUGCGUUUCCAGGUCUGGCGCGUAAUACGGCCGAGAUGAAGGAUCGCGCAGAUGCGUAUGUUGCAGGUAGGAUCUCGCGGGAGGAGUACGACGAUGCGGAUACGAUGGCGCGCAGCCGGCUGGCCAAUGUAGCGUUCUAUGUGCAGUCUGUCGCGGAGAUUGUGAUCCUCGCUGUCAUUGUGGGGAUCAUGUUUGGGCUGAGGGUUGAUGAGAGCCAGGCGAAUAAUAACUGGGGGCUGAGCGUGCUGAUUGCGUUCGCCUCGGGGGUGUGGCUGCUCGUCUCGCUGCCGUGGUUUGUUCUCGAGAAACGACGGCCGGGACAGGACCCCAGAGGUAAUAUUGUCGUUGCGGGAUUGACGCAGCUAUACCAUGCCGGAAGGGAGGUGUGGAAACUCAAGCAGAGUCUGCUGUAUCUGAUAGGAUAUUUCCUCCUCGGCGACUCCCUCAACACAACAGUCACCGUGAUUGCGACAUUGCAGAAUAGCAUUGUUGCAUACAACACACUGCAACUGACCUAUCUCCUGAUCGUAGGCAUAGCAGCGCAGGCACUUGGCAUUUACGCCUUUUGGUUCAUCCAGCGGCGCUACAACCUCAGCACGAAGACCAUGUUCAACGCUAUCGCAGUGGGAAUCAUUCUGCUUGACGGAUGGGGGAUGAUCGGCAUCUGGACGCAGCGAUUCGGUUUCCAUCAUGCUUGGGAGAUUUGGGUAAGCGUUCAGCCCUACCCAGCCCAUCACCACCCAGAUGAGUUCCCGUCGCGUCUGCUAACAAGCACCCAACAGCUCUACCAAGCCUUCUACGGGCUUUUCGUCUGCCCCUGGUACAGCUACUCCCAGAUCAUGAUCUCGGAGGUCACGCCCCGCGGCCACGAGUUCCUAUUCUUCAGUUUGUUCAGCAUCAUCGGCAAGACGUCCUCGUUCAUUGGGCCGCUGGUCUCGAGUGCGAUCAUCGAUGCCUCGGCUUCGGGGAAUGUGUCGACACCGUUUUAUUUCCUGUUUGCUUUAAGUGUGGUGAGUUUUGCGGUUUUGGUGCUUGGGGUUGAUUUGGAAAAGAGUCGGAGGGAGCAGGAGGUUUUCCUGAGGGAGAAAAAUGGUAGGGUGCUUGGUUCCGGAAGUUCGGUCAACAUGUGA